UCUUCCUGAAAAAAAAGUAGAAACCGACCACUUUGAGCUCAGUAUUUCAGCAAAAACCAAUGCCCUCGUAUAGAUCGCCAACUACCCGAAAAGAAUAUCUCCCUCUCAAGUCUAACUAAGAUCACAGAGACAGGUCAGUCGUCAUUCCCAUUUCGCUUCCUUCUCAAAACCCUAAUUUCUCUCUCUCUCUCUAAAAAAAAAAAAAAAAAAAAAAAGGAGAAAGCCCGCCCUGGACUUUCAAGCCCUAAUUCCCCAACCCAGACCUUCCCUAAAAGGCUCGAUUUUCGAUGCUUAUAACUCGUCAUUGACUUUUUGUUCCCAUCCGAGUUAACUCAUUCACGACUCAUUGAGUCUACCCUGCUCGUAUCGUCCGAGUUCCGUACUUCCGAAACCUAAAGUUCUUUCCUUUUUCGUUUUUUUUCCUUGAAGUGCAGCAAGACCAUUCCUUUUCCGGCGAUUUUACUGUUUCAAUUCUAUCGAGUAUUGAGUUUCAGCUGAGCGAACUCGCCAGUCAACCCCUGAAAGUCCCGUGGAGAGUUUUUGUGAUUCGGAGGAUGUGAUGGUUGAGAACAAUGGAGGAAACUAAAGCAAGCGGUGCUGUGGAAAAUGGGAGCUCCAGCGAGGUGGUUGGUCGACCUCCCAACCCUCUCGCCGCCGCUUAUCGGCAGUGCGCCGACGCCGGAGCCGACCCCGGCGCCGUUGCGGUGGCUCCAAAGAAGUCGCUCGUCCGACACCCCUCUCUCCAGAUGAAGACAAAACCGUCCAAUGUUUCUGCGGAAGCUGGAAUUGGCGUGGAGGAUUGUCAGGCUCAGUUUGUUCCAAUUGUCCGCUCUGGAGCGUGGACUGACAUCGGGUUUCGUAAAAGCAUGGAAGAUGUUUAUGUUUGUGUUGACAAUUUCAUGCACGCUUAUGGCCUGAAGGAUUUACCUGAUGGGCCCAAUGCAUUUUAUGGGGUUUUUGAUGGACAUGGAGGAAAGCAUGCAGCUGACUUUGCUUGCUACAAUUUGCCGAACUUUAUUGUUAAGGAUGGAGACUUCCCAAGAGAUAUAGAAAAAGUUGUUGCUUCAGCAUUUCUGCAAACUGAUCUUGCUUUUGCAGAAGCUUGCUCCUUGGAUGCUGCCCUUGCUUCAGGCACCACUGCCUUGGCAGCUCUAGUCGUUGGAAGGCAGUUAGUGGUAGCAAAUGCCGGAGAUUGUCGAGCAGUGUUGUGCCGUCGUGGUAAAGCAAUUGAAAUGUCAAGGGAUCACAAACCAAUCUGCUGCAAAGAGAAGAAGCGCAUUGAGGCAUCAGGUGGAUAUGUCUAUGAUGGUUAUCUUAAUGGACAGCUCAAUGUAGCUCGCGCUUUAGGAGACUGGCAUAUGGAAGGAAUGAAGGACAGGGAUAGUGGACCACUGAGCGCGGAACCGGAGUUUAUGACUACAAAACUGACAGAGGAAGAUGAAUUUCUCAUCAUUGGAUGUGAUGGGAUCUGGGACGUGUUUAGAAGCCAGAAUGCCAUUGAUUUUGCUCGGCGCAAGCUUCAGGAGCACAAUGAUCCGGCUAUGUGUAGCAAGGAUUUGGUUGAUGAGGCUUUGAAGAGGAAAAGUGGUGAUAACUUAGCUGCUGUUGUCGUUUGCUUCCAAGCGCAACCUCCACGCAAUUUGGUUGCCCCUCGCCCAAGAGUGCAAAGGAGCUUUUCUGCUGAAGGCUUGAGGGAGUUGCAAAGCUGCUUGGAUAGCUUGGGAAACUAAAGACGGUGACGAAUUUUUCCCCUUAAUUAUGCUUUUCUUUUUUCCUAACUUAAAUUUCUAUUCUAGUUUGACAAUUUGAGAGAGAAUCUUGAGUUCCAACUGUAACAUAUGCGGCGGUCAAGGCGGGAUACAUUAUCAAUUGUUUCGUCGUUAGCUUAAUUAACUUGUUCUGGCAUUUGUUUAGGCAGCUCACGUUCUGAAUUAUUUAAUCAGAUAUUUCAUGAUAUUUUCAUUGCUUUUAUCUUUGAAAAGAUGAUGUUCUGGUUUUUCUUGUUUGUAGACGCAACGUAAGAUACUUCAUUUUUUUUUU